AUGUUUCUGGGUUUGGGUAUUGAUUUGAUCGCUGGAGGUAAGAGCAAGAAGACUAAAAGGACAGCUCCCAAGUCCGAUGAUGUCUACCUCAAGCUUACCGUCAAGCUUUACCGGUUUCUUGUAAGGAGGACCGAGAGCAAGUUCAAUGCGGUGAUAUUGAAGAGGCUUUUCAUGAGCAAAGUCAACAAAGCUCCUCUUUCUCUAUCCAGAGUCGUCGAAUUCAUGACCGGCAAGGAAGAUAAGAUUGCUGUUUUGGUUGGAACUGUGACUGAUGAUUUGAGGGUACACGAGAUUCCAGCUAUGAAAGUUACCGCCUUGAGGUUCACAGAGAGAGCUAGAGCUCGUAUUGAGAAAGCUGGUGGUGAAUGCUUAACCUUUGAUCAGCUUGCUCUCAGAGCUCCAUUGGGCCAGAACACGGUUCUUCUUAGAGGACCUAAGAACUCGCGUGAAGCUGUGAAGCAUUUCGGACCUGCUCCUGGUGUGCCACACAGUAACACAAAGCCAUAUGUUCGGCACAAGGGAAGGAAGUUCGAGAAGGCCAGAGGAAAGAGGAAGAGUCGUGGAUUCAAGGUUUAA